UGGCCCUUCUGGCAGAAUACUAGCCUCUUAUAGUCUAAUGCUAUCCCAAUUCAUGAAUCACUGAAUGCUCAAAUAAACUGUUUAAAAUUUAAAUGUGCUUAAAGUUUUUCUUUUAUCAAAUCUGGUGUCAGAAGUAGGAUCCAAAGGAGACCACAUGAUAACGAUGUCUGGGAGGAAUGAGCAAAGUACCCCACUAGACCCCUUGUGCUACCCGCUUCUCACUGCACAUUUGGAGGUCAUCACUAGUAAGUCCUCUACAAUAUCUGAGUUCUACAACUUAUGUCAAGUUCUCUGAAUUUAUGUGAACAUUUCUGGUCUAGACUAAAUUUAGAUGUCCUAACAGAAACUGGACUGGGUCUCAUAGGGAGGAUUCAGGGGUCUGAUUGGGUCACACAACCCAAAACUGUAUUCAGUUUAAUAAAAAACAUCUAUUAGGGGCUGCAUCGCUGGAGAGCCACGGGGAGGGCUGUGUCGGUUGCUUUCUGCAGCCGCAAGUCCACCUGCUCCCCUCGCCGUCCCUGGGGCGUUGUGCGUCUCCAGUCCGGGAUCCAAGCCACCGGCCACAGGGGCCGGCCGGAUCAGUGUCCCGCCUCAGCGCCCAGAGCACAUGCUGGAGACAGAAUGAGCCAGAGAGACACGCUGGUGCAUCUGUUUGCCAGGAGAUGUGGUAGCACAGUGGGAGCUAUUCUGACAUGUCCACUGGAAGUUGUAAAAACACAACUGCAGUCACCUUCUGUGACGCUUUGUAUCUCUGAAGUUCAUUUGAACACAAUGGCUGGAGCCACUGUCAACAGAGUAGUGUCUCCUGGACCUAUCCAUUGCCUAAAGGUGAUCUUGGAAAAAGAAGGCCCUCGUUCCUUGUUUAGAGGAUUGGGCCACAAUUUAGUGGGGGUGGCCCCUUCAAGAGCAAUAUACUUUGUUGCUUACUCAAACUGCAAGGAAAAGCUGAAUGGUGUAUUUGAUCCUGAUUCUACCCAGGUACACAUGAUUUCAGCUGCAAUGGCAGGUUUUACCGCAAUCACGGCAACCAACCCCAUUUGGCUUAUAAAGACUCAGUUACAGCUUGAUGCAAGGAACCGUGGGGAAAAGCGAAUGGGUGCUUUUGAAUGUGUUCAUAAAGCAUAUCAGACAGAUGGACUUAGAGGAUUUUAUAGGGGCAUGUCUGCUUCAUAUGUUGACACAGCAGAGACUGUAAUCCAUUUUGUUAUAUAUUAAAGUAUAAAGCAAAAACUACUGGAAUAUAAAAUUGCUUCUACAAUGGAAAAUGAAGAAAAGUCUGUGAAAGAGGCAUCAGAUUUUGUGGGAAUGAUGCUAGCAGCUGCCACAUCAAAAACUUGUGCCACAGCUAUAGCAUAUCCACAUGAAGUUAUAAGAACAAGACUACGUGAAGAGAGAACAAAAUAUAGAUCUUUCUUUCAGACACUGUCUUUGGUUGUUCAAGAAGUAGGUUAUGGAUCUCUUUACCGUGGUCUAGCAACUCAUCUGGUGAGACAGAUUCCAAACACAGCCAUCAUGAUGGCCACCUAUGAAUUGGUGGUCUACCUACUCAAUGGAUAGUAUCACAUAGGGUUGCUGUACUACAAAGAGGGAAGACCAAAAGAUUACAGUAGACCACUGGAAUAUGGUCCACUGGAAUAUUGAAGCCAGCCUGGUGGACAGAAGAAAAGUAGUUUGGGAACACAUAGCAGUACUUAAGUAGAAGUUUGGUUGUAGGAAUUAAAGUAAUCAUACCACAUCACUUGGUCUUUCAAUAAUGUGAAUAAAACCUCAGAGCCUCAAAGGAAAUGCCUUUAGAAGCACUCUUUUCUCAAAAUUGCCAUUGUCUCUACCAUGUCUGCUAGACACAGUCGCAUUUAGUUGAUUUAUAUCAGUGAGAUUAUAGUGUUGUUUAUUCCAUAAGCACUUUUCCAGUCUUCUAAACAAAGGCAUCCCUAAUUAUAUACUGUACUGUAACUAUCCAAAGAUAGUAUUGGCAAUCAUAAAUUUAUAACUUCUGGCUUUUAAUUCCUGCGAAAUUAUAAAAUAACAAUAACAGUGAGAACCUCGGUAUUAUUUUCACAUUUUUCUGAGAGGACCUGGAACAAUAUUUUAAAUUACAUAGUAUUAAUAGUCACUGUUUUUGACAACCAAUGAAAUAGUAUCUAAAUAUCUUGUGUAUUUUUGGCAUUAAAAUGUUUUGGUUUCCCCUGCUAAAAGGUGCUUGAUGUUUAGCCUAAUGUGGACAUUUAAGUUGUUUGUUAACAUAUCAAACUCACAUGCCAGUAGUCUGAGACAAAAUAAACUAGUAAAAUGUUGAUCAUUGGCCAUUUCACUGACUUGAGCAUGUCCUCAGACCUUCUCUAAUUUGAUGGUACAUGAAUGAAUGUAAUUAUCUCUUCAGUGACUUACUAGUGAUAAACUUGAAUUAUUACCUGUUCAUCAUACCUAGGUAUCAUUUACUUAAAGUGGAAAAAAUUUACCACUUUUGAAUCUUUUUCUACUUACUUUCACAUUAAGAAUUUGAACUUUUGAAUUAUUUCCAGGUCUUUAUAGAUUAUAUUUAUUUUGUAGAGAAAAUGGUAAUUUUCAGUUUUGCCCUUAUAAGUUUUUUUUAAGGUAACAUUAAUACUAAUAUUUGGAAUAGUAGAAUUAAUACAGAAGAGAAGCCUCUGCUAUCUGAUCCAGCAGGUAGUGAUCUUAAUUGAUUUACAGUUUUAUAAAUGAGCUUUUGACAAGAAAUUUAUUGUGUUCUAGUUUCCUGAAUGGUAAAUCAUAGAUAAAAGCUAAUUUGGGUUAAAUGUGCUAAUAGGAUAUAGCUUUUACAUUUUGCAACUGAGUUAACUGUAACCUUUAAUACUUUAAAUGUAUUAUAUGUAUGGUCCUUAUAGAAAUGUUUGCUAUAAUUCUGUUAAGAGACUUUGCCUGUGGAUGUUGCUAUACUGAUGUAUAAAAUUUCCACAAUUACAAAAACAAAAACAAACAAACAAAAAAAAUCUAUUAGGAAAGGUUCCAGGAAGACAAAAAAAUAAUGUGUUUAUUUAAAUCCACGGACUCUGUGACUCCAUCUCAGAACUUGUGCUUUUCUAGAGAACUGUGUAAAUCUUACCAAAAAUAAUUUAGAAUUUUGGUGGCCACAAUGGGGAAGUUUUAACCUAAACAAAAUUGCUCAUCUACAGCACAUGUGUGCACGUGCAGAUAGACACACACACACAUACACACACACACACACAGAUCCCUAAUGCCCCAGA